AACAGGAAAUUGAAGGAGACCAGACUGAUACCCAACUGAUUCUCUUUUCCAAAAUGAUUUUGCUUCGUAGCCUCACUUUAAUUCAUUAAUUGUGAGGCACCUCCUGGACUAGGGGUCCAUGUAACUGACUGUAGAGAAGCUGGAGGACAGCAAUUCUGUAACCACUGAGAAGUUUCUCCUGGUUUCAUAAGGUCACACUCACUGACUCGCUCACCCAGGGCUUGUGUGGUGGUCUGCACACCAGGGCGAUGGAGGAUUCCCCAGCGUCCCCGGGCUCCGUGAGGUCACGGCUGCUGCUUGGCUUCACCCUUUUCCUCAUUUCUCUCCACGUUCACCGGCUGGACUCAGAGAGUUUCAAGGUGAUUGGACCCGAUGGCCCCAUCAGGGUCCUUGUGGGAGAAGACGCUCUGUUACCCUGUCACCUCUCCCCCAGGAUGAGCGCUGAGAGCAUGGAGGUGCGCUGGUUCCGAUCCACGAUCUCUGCAGUUGUCCAUCUCUAUCGGGAUGGGAGAGACCAGGUUGGCCAGCAGAUCGCACCGUAUCGAAGCAGGACGAAGCUACUGAAGGACGGUAUUGCUAAUGGGACUGUCUCCUUGAGGAUACGCAGCAUCACCCCCUCUGAUGAGGGGACAUACGGCUGCCUCUUCCGGUCACCCACCUUUUACGAAGAAGCUGUGCUGGAACUGGAGGUGGCUGGUCUGGGCUCCACCCCCCACCUUUCUGUAGAUGGCUAUCAGGAUGGAGGGAUCCACGUGGUGUGUGAAUCGGCUGGAUGGUAUCCAGAGCCCAGAGUGCUGUGGCGAGACCUCAGUGGGCAGCGACUAGCACCAGCGAUGGAGAAAAUAUCCCAGCAGGCUGACGGGCUGUUUGAUACUCACAUUACUGCUGUUAUAACAGACGCUUCGAACCAGAACCUGUCCUGCUCUGUCCUCAACCCCCGUCUCGGCCAAGAGAAAACAGCAACGAUGCACAUAGCAGAUGUGUUCCUUCCAAGGACCUCUCCCUGUCAGGUGGCUCUGUCAGUGACCCUGGCUGGUGUGGUUUUUCUCAUCCUCUUGGCCGGUUAUUGCUUCUGGAAGCAGCACAGAGCAAAAGAUGCUCAGCAAGCUGAACGGAAGAAAGACAUACAAAACCUGCAAUCUGAACUGGAGAAAGAGAGAGAGAUUCUGCGCGCUGAGCUGGAGAACGAGAGAGGAGCUGUUGUAGAACUGACUGCAUACCCAUGUCUCUCUGUUUGCAGAGAAAUCCCUGGCUGAACUUGGCUGGAGUAAAGUCAGCAAAAAUGCAGGUAAGUGAAGCUGGUAUUUUAAUGUCAGACCCCCUGCACCACUCUGCUGCCCAGCAAACGCGCACAUGCCAGAAGUCACAGGGAAAGAGCAGUAUGGUCAAUGAAAAUGCCAGAUUCGUCCCCAGUUUACUUGCAUAAAACAAAUGCUCACACUUAAGUAUGGAGUCCCGAGCUCUCCAGUGUAACUGCAAUAACUCAGUGUGCUCCUAAGGCUGGGAACUUACCUGUUGUCAAUUCAGGGGGGUGGGUGCUCGCAGCAGUUGGUAAUUAUGGUUCAGAGUUGGGGUUUUACUGGACACAUAUGGUGAAUUCUCAUGUGUUGUGUUGUUAUUAAUUAACUUCAUGAACAAGAAGGGUUCUAGGAAACUGUAAAUUACCUUAACUGGCUGCAGGUAAUUGUCUUAAUGCUUUUUGGAUUCUGGUGAAAUCUCUGUUUU